AUGCCGACUUCAGUACCGGCUGCGCCUGCCGCCUGCCCUCCUAAUCGUCAAAAACCUGCUCGGACGCGCACGAAAAAACGUGUGGUCAAGCUUGAUCAACAGCACGGCAUUGCCGCGGCGCGAAUUUUCAUGGACGAGAUUGCGUGCCUUGUAUCCCCCGUCUUUGAGUCUCCAGCAUGCUUCACGACAAAAGGCAGUCUGUGGAAUCACAUCGUAGCUGAGCAUCCCGACGAUCCAGAGGCCAAGCAGCCGCCUCGACGAGUCAAGCUGCAAAAGCCGCUGCGUGGUGCUGGGGCCCGCUGUGUCGAGGUCAUUGUGGAGGAAAGCCACGACGCCUCGGCAGCCGAUGUGAGCGAAAAUGAGGAGGAGCUGGAGGAGCAGCAGCGGUUCAAGCAGUUUAUCUCAAGCACCCAGGCCAUGGCCUCGGAGGCUGAGGAUAAGCGAUGCCCGCACGGCGUUCACCAGAUGCAUCCGUUCUACGACAGCGUGGGCAUGACGCUGGUCAUCAACGAGCUGAAGCCAGAGCGCAUGGUCGAACUGGGCCACAACACCCCGUCGGCACUCCUCGAGUCGGGCAUGCAUGAGCUGUUCUGGACGGCCUACGAGCAGCUCUCGGAUCAGGGCCUGGCCGCCGCUGCGGUGACGCGUCUGUUUGACGACAAUGAAGGGCAGUAUCAACAUCGCCCCAUGCGGCAAGUACAGCCGCAAACCGUCAGCAGGUACCUGAGUCUUGGAACACGCCUGAUCCAAUUCUUGCUGCUGCUGGAGGCCAUGCCAGCCCCCGAUCCGUCGAGCUUUCUGGGCCAGGUGCUUGCCAGCCGUGGCCCUGCGGUAAUAAAUGCCACUGCGGCUCUGAGUGCGGGCCUGGACGCUGGAAUGACCAAGAAAGAGCUGGUCGAGCCCCUGACGUCCCUGUGGCUGGCCCUGGUGGAGGUGGAGCUGAGCCUCUUUGACAACGACAAGGUGCACUUUGUCAACGUCUUCCUAUUGUGCACGGCCGUGUCCAAAGGAAGCGGCAUCCUGCAAGACAUCAGGCAGUGGACCACGACGCCCGCUGGACUGCUGUACGUUUUCAAAUUGUUCCUGCUUCGCCGUGGCAAGAAUGAGUCGUGGUCAGUGGCCAACGAGUUGAGGCCGUAUAUGCAGCCCGGGCGAUUGGUGCAUUUCUUGAGCCAGCGCAUGAGCAUGGCACGAACAGCGAGCGUGGCCGAGGGGCAGGCUGGAGUCGACGUCGACAUCCGAGCCGAUGGCGACGUGACGGACGAGACGCUGCGCACCAUUGUCUGCCGAG